AAUCAAUGAUUUGAUUGGCCAAAGCCCGUGCGUGCUGACCAAUCAACGCACAGCUUUGGGGCGUCUAAGGCAAAACAGUGACUGAACGCUGGCGUGUAUUUCAAAUAGAGUUCUGGAAAUUCACGCUGGCCGGCUAGAAAAAGCUCUCAUUACAUGCAUUAGGUUGUGUACAAAGAACAAGAGAUUGUAGGAACACUGCCGCAGGAAUUUCAAAGAUUUCGUGUCUUAAAACGAAUCCGAUUUUGGUGCGAAUCCCUCAGAAGUUAAGCUGAACGUUCAACACACAAGACUGAGUCUCGAGAUUGUUGCAUUGGAUUCAUACUUUGACCGUGAAGAGAACGAAUACUAAUUCCCAGCAAGAUGCCACUUGCACUCAGAAGAAAACCAAAGACAGUAAAUGUCCCACAGAUUCACCAAGAUAAGACCUCUGGGGUCCCCGUCCUGAGGCAGAACAAACGUCGAUCCAGCGGGUCGCCCAAGGGUCAGCAACCCCUGAAGAGAGCAGCAUUUGGUGACAUUACAAACGCGAGACUCAUUCGGAAAGAUGAGGGCAAGAAAAAGUCAACAAUCCUCGCCACCAAGAAGUCUACACUCGUCCAGCAGGCAUUGAAAGCCAAAUCGCUGGCCGUCAAGGCUAAACCAGAAGUAGUUCCUUUGGCGGUGGAAGAUGGCGAUGACAGUUUGGAGAUUGUUAUGUCACAGGGUUCGUCAGAAGAGGCGUCACUGUCAUCACAGUCAUCAAUCUCGAGUUCGUCGUCGGAAAGUUCAGACGAGGUCGUUUUGAUGAAUAUGAAAAAUGAGGAAAGGACCGUGGAGCUAGACAUCAAGGAUGCGGUGGCUGCAAUAAGUCUUCAGGAAACACCAGCGUACGAUGAUAUUGAUGAAGAAAACAAAGGAGAUCCUAAUCAGUCACCGAUCUACGCUCAAGAUAUAUUCAACUAUCUCAAAGAACGCGAGCUAAUAACCCCAAUUCAAUCUUACUUUGAGAAACAACCUGAAGUCAACACUCACAUGAGGGCAGUGUUGGUGGACUGGCUCGUCGAGGUCCAAGAAAACUUUGAGUUGAACCACGAAACGCUGUACUUGGCCGUCAAGCUGAUCGACCGCUAUCUGAUGAAGAAAGUCGUAACAAGAGACGUGCUUCAACUGUUGGGCGCCACAUCGCUUUUCAUCGCCUGCAAAUAUGAUGAGAGAUGUCCUCCAGCCCUUGAUGACUUCAAGUACAUCUGCGACGAUGCCUACGAGAGACAACAGUUCAUCGACACCGAGAUGGCAAUUCUAAGACUGCUUGAUUUUGAUCUCGGCAUCCCUCUUUCAUACAGAUUCCUCAGAAGAUACGCUAAGUGUGCUCACGCGUCCAUGGAGACCCUUACGCUAGCCAGGUUUAUUCUGGAGCAUUCCUUGAUGGAGAGUCAGUUCCUUGAGACGAGAGAUUCUAAAGUAGCCGCAGCCGCUCUUCUGCUUGCCUUCAAGAUGACCAAGACAGCGGAAUGGGAUGCAACACUCGUACACUACUCUGGGUACACAUCAUCUGAGCUUGCCGACCUCACGAAGCAGCUGAACUCCAUGCUUACCGCAACACCCAAUAAACAACUAAUGACCAUCAGAAAUAAAUACUCCCACCAAGUCUUCUACGAAGUUGCCAAACUCCCCCCAGUUGACGUACUUCAGUUAUAAUAAGAAAUCUCAACUGUGUAAAAAGCAAUAAUAAUAAUAUGAAGCCCGGAUGGCCCCUGUAGUCCAUACGACCCCACUGGGCUGGGGUAUGGAUGGGGUUGGUUUAACGAAAGGAAUCCUAAGAUUUUGAAAGGAAUGACUCUUGUGUUGGGCUCGUUGUAAAAAGGAAUUGACGAUUGUAUUCGGGAAUUGGAAUUGCAUCAGAAAAAUCAAAUACUUGCAUUCCAACUGCAAAAUGACUUUAUGUAACACCAACUGGGAAUGGUUGGUGUUCCCAAACAGGAAUGGUGUUCCAAAAUAGGAAUGGCCUGUGUAUUGUUUCAAAAGGAAAGUGACAUGUUCAGUGUUCCCAUUUGGGAUUGGCCAGUGUUCCCAACUGAGAAUGGUUAUUGUUUACAAAUGGGAAUUACAUUUUUAUACCGUCGGAUCAUAUUGCGUUAAUUUUUUCAUAUUUUGUCUACACAGACUGUGUGUUUUUUUUAUACAAAUCAGCUCUUUGUGUAAACAAAUAUGAUUGCAUUUUUUACAAAAUUAUGGAUGCAAACUCCCUUUUUGUAUUACAGAACUCAUUUUAUCCACCAUUUUUAAAACACAGCAUUCCAGUUUUUUUUUAAAUAUAUAUGUACAUGUAAUGUGAAAUAGUGAGAUAAUUUUAUUGACUUUAACUUUAAAACUAAGAUGUCAAUUUUUAAAUUAUGAGUUUGUACCCGUGUUUUUUACCUUCUUUGAAAAAAAACCAUUCCCAAAUCAAUGUCAGAAUUCCCUUUAUAUGUUUUUUUAAAUAGGAUAUUUCCCUUUGCAAGAAUCAAUUGUAGCUAACGAAACCCACAGCUCAGUUUAGAAAUGUUUCUAUAAUUUGUUUUUCCCAAAACUUUUCUUUGAAAAAUAACCAGUGCUUGAUCAUGGGUAUUUUAAGAAAUGUUGUUUUGUACAUUUGUAUUAUAUUAUGGUGUCAUCAAGUAAUGUAUGGUAUGGAGCCACAGUUUACAUGUUUUAGAUUCAACAUCACUUUUUUGUGUAGACUUUUUUAUGAAUUCAUUGGAUUUGUACUUUUUAAUACAUCCCAUCACAAACUCGGUUUCACAGAUUUAAAAGUUGUAUGUCUUUACAAGCUGCAGACGGUAAACCCUAACAAAAUUACUAUUGGCCGAUUUCCAAUGGCUUGUUAACUGCAAUGACCUUAGUUUUACUUCCACGCCUAAAACUUCACAGAGCAAA